AUGUUAUCCACCCCGAAACCUGACGAAUUACCAGUGGCACCUAAGCCUCCAGUAGACUCCUCGUCAUCCACCUCUGAAGAGCCGUAUAGUAUUUUCGACAAACGCCAGAUAGCCUUAAUUGUUACGCUUGUUUCAGUCGCUGCGACAUUCUCGGGGUUUGCGUCAAACAUCUACUUUCCUGCCCUUCCGACCAUUGCUCAUGACCUCGACGUCUCGAUUGAAUUGAUCAAUCUGACUGUUACUUCUUACCUCAUCUUCCAAGGAUUAGCACCCAGUCUGUGGGGUUCUAUAUCAGAUGUCAAGGGCCGCAGAGUGGCAUACUCUCUUACCUUUAUCGUGUUCUUGGGAGCAUGUAUCGGUUUAGCAGAGGUUAAGAAUUAUGCAACUAUGGUUGUGCUGAGAUGUAUCCAGAGCACUGGAAGUGCCGGUACAAUCGCUAUCGGUUCAGGCGUCAUCGGAGAUAUCACGACACGAGAUAACCGCGGUGGGCUCAUGGGUAUCUUCCAGGCAGGACUACUGGUACCUGUGGCAGUGGGACCAAUCAUUGGCGGCGCUCUGGCCGGACCUCUCGGUUGGAGGUCUAUCUUUUGGUUCCUGGUCAUCUACAGUGGCAUCUUCCUGAUUUGCUUGGCUCUGCUCUUGCCCGAGACACUGAGGUCUAUCGUUGGUAAUGGGGGUCGGACACCAACGCAGGUUAUGGCUAAAUAUCCACUACGACUCUAUCGGAAGACCACCACGACAGAAUGGAAUCGCAAUGGACAUCCUGCGGUGCCCAUUGCGAAGAAGCACAUCGACAUCACAGGACCUUUCCGCAUUCUAAUCAGCAAGCAGGCAGCUCCCAUCAUCGUCUUUUUUGCAAUCUACUACGCUGUGUGGCAAAUGAGUAUUACAGCAAUGUCUAGUCUAUUUGAGGACAAAUAUGAUCUCAGCGAGACUAAGAUCGGUCUAACCUUCAUUGCAAAUGGUGUGGGCUCUAUGAUAGGAACAAUGGUCACCGGGAAGAUGCUCAACAAGGACUUUCGCCGUGUCAAGGCUAGAUAUGAGACUCAAUCAGCCCUAAGCAAUGUGGAGGGCGACAUUGAAGCCACUGAUGCACAGAAAGCUCAAGAAGGAGACUUCCCACUCGAAACAGCACGCCUUCGCCUCGUCCCCUUGUUUUCCCUCCUCCAAUGUGCUUCGAUCCUGCUCUUCGGAUGGACUAUUCAAUAUCCCCACAAAGUUCACAUUGCCGUACCAAUUGUAUCGACAUUUAUCACGGGUUGGACUGCUGUUUCCACGCAGUCGGUGGUCAUGACAUACCUCGUCGACGUGUACAGAGACCGCAGUGCCGCCGCCAGCGCCAGUCUAAAUCUUGCAAGAUGUCUGUUCGCUGCAGGAGGAACUAGUUUUGUCAUGCCCAUGAUCAACUCUAUUGGUGUUGGGUUCGCAUUUACUGUUUGUGUUGCGGUACAGGCAGCUGCCAUGAUAAGCUUGGCUAUUCAAUGGAAGUUUGGCAAAAGAUGGAGACUUGAAGCCGAAAAUAAACGAUCGAAGACUAGUCUCUGA